AUGGGCUGGGUAUUAGGUGGCGACGGCUCCUUCUUACCCACCGGUUGUGCUAAUCAUGGUGAUCCCGAACCUUCCGUUAACCCGGAAAAUGUCACAUUGUACGACAUGCAAUUUUGUCCCUACUGCCAACGCGUACGGUAUACGCUCGACUACCAUAAAAUACCAUACGACCGCAUAUUAAUCGAUCUCAUGUCCAAGCCCAGCUGGUAUCUGAAAAUGUAUCCGGUCGGCAAGGUUCCACUACUACUAUAUCGAGGUAAGACAAUGGCUGAGUCGGAUGUCAUCAUGAAGUACUGCGAUCAAAUGAAAGGCGCCAAAGCUUCUCUUUUGAGCGUCUGUGGGGAAGAAGGCUUUAAAAGAGCACUGAAUUUGACCUCUUCUGUAAGUCUACUAUUGAUCGCUCUCCUCCGCUACAAACUGCUCUUCUCACCUGAUGUAACCAGAGCCGACGCUGAUUCCCUCAAAGCCGCCCUAUCAAAUCUUGACAAAGCCAUUCAAGGUCCCUACCUCAUGGACCUUUUACCUUUUCUUACAUUCGAAGGUAAGGAAUUGAGCCUGGCAGAUCUGGCCCUCUUUCCCUUCCUGCAUGCCUGGGACCUCUUGAUUAGCCGCCUAAAGGAUGUUGGUGAUGACUCCGAUGAAAGUGCCGAGCCCGUAGCCCCUCGCUGGCCUAACGUGCUGAAGUACUGCCAGCUGAUGAAUCAGAAGCCCUUCAUCAUGAAGACCGCCUUCCGUGAUGAUGAGUUUAGCAAGUACAUGGAUACACGCCUCCAAGCUGCUAGGCCCUAG